AUGUCUGCGUUCGGUCGAUCGAAACUGGUGCGCGGCGCUGGCGACGCCAUGGCUCGCGGCGGCGCCCGCGGCUGGGGCUGGUACCACCGCUCUCUGGCCAAAAUGAACGCGCCUGAGGCGGCGCCUGUGGCCUACGACGCCGUGGUGCCCACACCCGCGCAGCCGCGGCCGCGCGCCUUCCUGGACGUGAGCAUCGGCGGCGCUAAGGCCGAGCGCAUCGUCGUGGAGCUGGCCAAGGACAUCGUGCCGCAGACGGCCACCAACUUCCUCAAGAUGUGCACGGACGGUUUCAAGUCCAAGUCGCUGGGCUCCGGCUCGUACAAGAACUCCAAGUUCCACAACGUCACCAAGGGCGUGUACCUCGUGGGCGGCGACGUGCUCCAGGGCGACGGCACGGGCGGCCACGCCGCGCUGGAGGAGAACCAGCGCUACUUCGACGACGAGAACUACGCGCUGCAGUUCUCGGAGGAGGGCGUGCUGGGCAUGGCCAACGCCGGCAUCAACAAGAACGCGUCGCAGUUCUUCAUCUCGCUCCAGCCGCUGCCGCACCUCAACGGCCGCAAUGUCGCGUUCGGCAAGGUCGUGGAGGGCAAGAAUGUGUUAAAGAAUAUGGAGGGCGUUUACUGUGUGCAGCACAAGCCGCUGACGGACAUUAAGAUCGUCGACUGCGGCGUGUUGUAAGCGGGUGGAGCAGAGCGUGCUCCCUUGCGUACAGCUAACCGAGUAACAGGCAGGAACAGGGAAGGAUAGCGCCGGCGGGAGGGCGUCGGUCGGACUAAUAGAAGAAACACGAUGCGUGGCGGCGCUUGAACUCUC